GCGUGACGUUAGCGCACGUGACGCGGAUGCCGCGGAUGCCGCAGAGGCCGAGGCCGUCGCCGCCGAAGCCGGAGAGACCUCGGCGAGCCCCGACCCCGGCCUGGCCAUGCUGUCCCGCCUGCUAAAGGAGCACCAAGCCAAGCAGAACGAGCGCAAGGAGCUGCAGGAGAAAAGGAGGCGAGAAGCCAUCGCCGCAGCCACCUGCCUGACCGAAGCCUUGGUGGACCACCUCAAUGUUGGUGUGGCCCAGGCUUAUGUCAAUCAGAGGAAGCUGGACCAUGAGGUAAAAACUCUUCAGGUCCAGGCUGCACAGUUUGCCAAGCAGACAGGCCAGUGGAUUGGGAUGGUGGAAAACUUCAACCAGGCACUCAAGGAAAUCGGGGAUGUAGAGAAUUGGGCUCGGAGCAUUGAACUGGACAUGAGGACAAUUGCCACAGCUCUGGAAUAUGUCUACAAGGGGCAGCUGCAGCCUGCCCCCUCCUAGCUUCUUUCUUGCUUCUCAGCAUCUACUCAAUUAGCAGCUCAAUCACUGAAUUCUGGGAUCUCUUCUGUCUCACUUAUUUUCAGCUAACUAGAGGAAGGGGAGGAGGUCAGCAAGAUCCUCAAUAAAGCAAGAGUAUCUGGUCAAA